AACCCGAGCUGUUUAUUACUACAACCGGCGACUCGAACGGUGACGGACCGCUACAGUGGCCAUGACGAGUCUAUUGCUGCGGAACACUCGCUGCGUCUCUCAGUUCCAGAUGGCGAGGCAUUUGGUGACCGAUCCGAAGUACGGGUUCCUGAAGGAAUUGGGCAUCACCGCCGUGAAUCCCGGACUUUACGAUGGGAAUUGGGGCGGAUCCGGCGAGGAGAUAGAAUCGAUAUCGCCGGCGACCGGCAAGGUGAUAGCGAAGGUACGCCAGUCCACGCCGCAGGAAGCCGGCGAUGCCAUCGCGGAAGCGCGCAAAGCUUGGCCGCAGUGGGCAUCCAUCCCGGCGCCGGCGAGAGGGGAGAUUGUACGGCAAAUAGGGGACGAGCUCAGGAGAAACCUGAAGCCACUGGGACGCUUGGUGUCGUUGGAAAUGGGGAAGAUACUGCCGGAAGGCAUAGGCGAGGUCCAGGAAUUCAUCGACAUAUGCGAUUACGCGGUCGGACUGUCACGUAUGUUACCCGGCAGCGUGUUCCCCUCGGAGAGGAAGGACCACGCGCUGCUGGAGAAGUGGAAUCCCCUGGGCGUAGUUGGCGUGAUCUCCGCGUUCAACUUCCCCGUAGCAGUGUACGGUUGGAACACCGCCAUUGCGAUGGUCUGCGGUAACGCUGUCAUCUGGAAAGGUGCCUCGACGACGCCCUUGGUAGCCAUCGCGACUACGAAGAUAAUCGCCGGUGUUUUGGAACGCAACGGUAUCCCGGGUGCCGUCGCGUCUUUGGUAUCGGGUGGACCGGACGUCGGUGAGACUUUGGUAAACGAUAAACGGAUACCUCUGGUCUCAUUUACCGGAAGCACGAGCGUGGGAAGACAAGUGGCGGUGAAGGUCCAGCAAAGAUUCGGCAGGUCCUUGUUGGAACUCGGUGGCAACAAUGCAUUAAUCGUUGCGCAGGACGCCGAUCUGGAGAUGGCAGUGAGAGCGGCGGUCUUCUCGUGCGUUGGAACAGCUGGACAGAGAUGCACCACCACCAGGAGGCUGAUAUUGCACAAGGAUGUCAAGCAGGAAUUCUUAGGAAAAUUGAAAACGGCGUAUAAGAGUAUCCUGGGGCGGAUCGGAGACCCAUUGGACGACGGUGUGCUGUACGGGCCGUUGCACAAUCAGAAAGCGGUCGACGAGUACCAGGCGGCGAUCAGGAGAGCCGUGGAGGCCGGUGGUACGAUCGAGUUCGGCGGGAAGCGAGUGGACCGGCCCGGUUAUUACGUGGAGCCGACGAUCGUCUCGGGUCUACCGGCGGACGCGGAGGUGGUGCAGCAGGAGACCUUCGCUCCGAUCGUCUACAUCCUGGAGGCUAACUCUCUCGAGGAGGCCAUCGGUGUCAACAACGGCGUGGAACAAGGAUUGAGCAGUAGCCUCUUUACUAAAAGUAUCGGAAAUGUAUUUCAGUGGAUCGGCCCUCACGGAUCGGACUGCGGAAUAGUGAACGUCAACAUCGGCACCAGCGGCGCCGAGAUAGGCGGUGCGUUUGGCGGUGAGAAGGCCACGGGCGGCGGUCGGGAAAGCGGUAGCGACGCGUGGAAACAUUACAUGCGGCGCGCGACCAUCACGAUUAAUCACGGGAACGAGCUGCCCCUGGCGCAGGGCAUUAAGUUCGAGUAGACCGGAGUAGAAAGAGAGAGAG